AUGCCUCGACCGAUGAGGAGGGCUCGUCGAAGCAAGAAGUCCGCGCCCGAAGGUCCUAAGUUCUCGCUCUUUCCCAAGCUACCGACAGAGAUCCGAGCAAUCAUAUGGAAGCUGACGCUCGAGCCUCGUGUUGUCGAACUGGCACGUUAUCCUGAUGCUGGAUUCCGAGCCCUCGUCAGUAACCCCCCAGCACUUCAAGUGUCCCGCGAUUCUCGCGCCGCAAUCAUCCAACUGUACCCACUCUGUUUCGGUACAUAUUGGUAUCCUCCUACUACACGCUUUAACUACGCGCUGGAUACCAUAUACCUGGACUAUGGCAUCCUCCACGAACUUGCGUUCUUCUUCGCCAUUCUCAACCAAUCCGAACUCUCCCAAAUCCGUUAUCUAGCCUUCGAUAUGUCAUUAUUCAUCGACGAAGAACAAUUGACUGAGGUGCAUGAUAUGCGCGUGUGGGCAGAGCAUUGUCUUUGGUUUCCGGAGAAGGAUAGUCUCUAUAGCAACGGAGGUCAGAUUAAAUUCUCCAAAGAGCUUCCUCUUCGUCUUCAGAACCGAGAGCUUCAGAUCAAUCCCGAUCUUCCUGCUCCCUCGGAACAUUUCAAAGCCUGGGGACUCAAGAGUCACAAAGUCGUAUUUGGCUUGAGGAAGGAAUGGACAGUGGGUCCUGGUGAGCCCGAAAAUCCCAACUGGAGGACGGGGUUGCAUCGUGAGAGUGGAUUUUCCAACGGCGUUUAUGGAGGAAGAUUCGUCGACUUGACAUAAUGGUAUCUUGUUCUUGAGUCAACGAAAACUGCCAGGUCCACCGAGAAUCGGUGCUAUCUUGUUC